AUGCGUCUGUCCGUAUCCCAGAGUCUCCUUUUGCCAUUUGUCCUGUUAUCGGGCUUUGCACCAGCCUCGACCUCAGCCUCCAACACAAUCCCGACCUUCGGCCAAAACUACGCAGUCCUCAACCUCGACCUAAUCAACGGCGUUGUCUCACCACUGGCCGAAACAUCGGAAGGGCAAGCAUGGAUCAAUAAUACCUCUACCUGGAUCGACGCCGUGCACGUUCAAUCACCACGCCCUCUCACAAUCUACACACGAAUCUACUAUAGCUCCCCGCUGGCUCCUGAACUGAGCCCAGACAUCCCGUUCUACAAAGCCGCCGCGGCCUUCGGCAACAUCACCGAGUCGGACCCGGUCACGCAGAUCUAUCUAGCCUUCGCGCCAGCCGAGACGGACGUCGUGCUGCGCAAGAGCAGGUACUACGCGGGCGAUGGGAAUUCGUUAGAGGAGAUAUUGCGGACGCAGAGGGUCGACACGGUUGUUCUGUCUGGAAUCCGCAGCUCGGGCGUUAUCCUGAGCACAGCGUAUAGACUUUUUGAUCUGGACUAUAACGUCUAUGUUAUUUCAGACACGACUAUCGAGCCCGGUGCGCCGGACAUCCAGAGCACGAUUAUGGAGGGGAUUCUCCCCGGCCUUCCGGUUACGGUUCUUACGCUUGAGCAGGCACUAAGGACGUUGCGGAACUCGGGGCCUGCGGUGUGGUAG